AUGGCUUCCAACAUCCCGGCGGUUGCCACCGGUGGAAGCCCUCCGCAAAGCGUGGAGAGCAUUACAAAAACCGCCCAGGACUACGAGUACAACGAGAGCGUCCCGCUACGAUAUUGGUUGAGAACCGCCGCCACCCUCAUCCGCGAGGCCCAAAUUUACGAACGCGAAGGACGUGAUGAGCAAGCAUACCUCCUGCUCUUCCGACAUGCCCAACUUAUUCUGGUACGCCUGACGAACCAUCCGGACGCUGCAAAGGACGAGAACCGGAAAACGCUCGUUGCAGCGGAGAAAGAAGUCGCGAAGAAUCUUGUCAAAUUGGAGGUUUUGAAGCCGCGGAUUAAUAAACGAUAUGAACGUUAUACUCAGUUGAUGCGCGAACGCCAGUCGCGAAAGGUCUCGGAAUCUGUCAUUCUACCGGAACAACAGAAGCGGCCUGCGGAUGCUGCCCUGACUGGCGUGGUGGAGCCAUUAGAAGCUGGAGAGAAUCGGGACCUUGCCGUUCGAUUGGCACAAUCAGAGCUCACCCGCAGAGCGACUCUUCGGCAAUCUCAGAGCGAUGAAGGCCGACGCGCUGCCGGUGUCUGGGGCAACUGGGAGACUGCAUUGAAAGCAGAUAAUCGGACAGGCGAUCGUGACUUGAGCCAACGAAUUCAAGAUAUCCGACUCAACAUUGAGCACAAGCAACCUGCCCAGCAGCCCACUGCGCGUCAAUUGCCCUCGGGUGUCGCGUCAGUCACCUCGGCCUACAAGUACCCAACCGUGCCACGGUCAAAAGCCCUGGAGCCCAAUGUUUCUCCCGGCCAGAUCGCCAUUUGGGAUAAAAAUGCCGAGAGGCAACCGCCUCCGGUUCUUCCACCCAAAGAGCAUAUUGCACCUAGCAGAGCUAGUUUUAUCAACGGCUCAGAGGCUCUAGAUCUUCCGCCACGUCCGUCCAAGGUAUCACCUGGCCCGCCACCUCCCGAGAAAUUACGCCCUUCUGAAGACACAACUUCUACGCGAUCCGAUCUCGACCCAUCUAGUUACACCUUUAAACCCUCUGCAUAUCUGGAAAAUGGCACUCCCCUGCGCUCUGUCUUUCUUCCAGCCAAUCUCCGCUCGCGCUUCCUGUCUCUUGCCGGCCCUAAUACCCGUCGCAAUCUUGAGACAUGUGGUAUUCUCUGUGGUACCCUCGUCUCAAAUGCUCUUUUCAUCUCUCGACUCGUGAUCCCCGAGCAGAUCUCCACAUCUGAUACCUGUGAGACGACCAACGAAUCUGCCCUUUUCGAUUAUUGUGAUUCAGAGGAUCUGAUCAUGCUUGGAUGGAUCCACACACACCCGACGCAGACCUGCUUCAUGAGUUCGCGUGACUUACAUACUCACAGCGGCUACCAGGUCAUGCUUCCUGAGAGUAUCGCCAUUGUGUGCGCACCGAGCAAAGACCCCGACUGGGGCGUUUUCCGGCUGACGGACCCUCCUGGUCUGAAGACAGUACUCAACUGCACGCAGACGGGCCUGUUCCAUCCACAUGCUGAACAAAAUAUUUAUACUGGGGCCCUAAGACCCGGACAUGUUUAUGAAGCCGACGGAUUGGAAUGUGAAACUGUAGACUUGCGUCCGAGUGACUCGCGAAACUGA